GGCUCCCAAACACAAGAUGGCGGUGUCGCUAUAGCAACAAGCUUCUGUCAGAAAACCACCGAAGAAAAACCCGACACUGUUUUCGGAAGGGACGCGCCCUCAUACUUCCUCGGUGCGUCAUCAUGAGCGUGCCGGAUUACCUGCAGUGUGCCGAAGAUCACCAGACGGUGCUGGUGCUGGUGCAGCCGCUGGGCGCCGUGCCCGAGGAUGACUUCUUCAUCGUGUACAAGCGCGUGGCGAGCGUGUCCCAGGUGAGUGUAGGAGACAACCAGCGCUCGCUGUCUGUGCGCUACCGCCAUCACUACGCCCCCGAGAACGGAGAGUGGGGCGAGUUCCAGUCACACCGCAGGGCUGUGGGGCUGGUGGCCGUGGCUUGGUGUGCGGCGGCGGGCAGCGAGUGGGCGCUCACGUCCGAGAGGUUCCGCGCCAUGAAGGAGAGACUGGGACCGGCGCUGUACGACUCGCGUCUGCUGGCGUUCGGUCUGAGCGGACACGCCACCGCCGAGCUCCAGCGACCCGACGUGGCCUUCUUCCCCGCAUACGACGACUGCCCCGAGCUGGAGAAGACCAUCGAGGACUUCAUCCAGUCCAUCUUCAUCGUCCUGGAGUCCAAAAGGCUGGAUCGGGCUACGGAUAAAUCCGGGGAUAAGAUCCUGCUCCUGUGCGUGCCGUUCGAGAAGAAGGACUUCGUCGGGUUGGACACGGACAGCAGGCACUAUAAGAAGCGGUGUCAGGGCCGCAUGAGGAAGCACGUGGGGGACCUGUGUCUGCAGGCGGGAAUGUUACAGGACGCUCUGGUCCACUACCACAUGGCCGUCGAGCUGCUGCGCUCCGUCAACGACUUCCUCUGGCUGGGGGCUGCUCUGGAGGGUCUCUGCUCGGCCUCAGUGAUAAUCCAUUACCCAGGAGGCACGGCCGGAAAGGGUGGUGCACGCAAACCCCUCGUCUCCACGGCAGCGGAUGGUGGGAAGAGACACCGGCCAGGAGCUCAGGAGGUUCUCAUUGACCCAGGUGCUCUGACCUCCAGCAGCAGUAUCAGCGCUGACACCAGCAGUGAGAUCGGCCGAGCCAAGAACUGUCUGAGUCCAGAGGACAUCGUGGAGAAGUACAAAGAGGCCAUCUCUUACUACGGCAAGUAUAAGAACGCUGGGGUGAUCGAGUUGGAGGCGUGUGUGAAAGCAGUACGAGUUUUGGCCAUUCAAAAGCGAGCCAUGGAGGCAUCAGAGUUCCUGCAGAAUGCCGUCUACAUCAACCUGGGCCAGCUUUCAGAAGAAGAGAAGAUCCAGCGCUACAGUGUCCUGUCUGAGCUGUACGAACUGAUCGGGUUCCACCGGAAGUCUGCGUUCUUUAAGCGCGUAGCGGCCAUGCAGUGCGUGGCUCCUACCAUCCCCGAGCCAGGCUGGAAGGCUUGUUACAGGUUACUGCUGGAGACGCUGCCCGGCUACAGUCUCUCUCUCGACCCUAAAGACUUCAGCAAAGGAACUCACCGUGGCUGGGCGGCUGUACAGAUGCGUUUGCUGCAUGAACUGGUGUACGCAUCCCGGCGCAUGGGGAACCCCGCCCUCAGCGUCCGCCACCUCUCCUUCCUCUUACAGACCAUGCUGGACUUCCUGUCAGAUCAAGAAAAGAAGGAGGUGACUCAGAGUCUGGAGAACUACACGUCUAAGUGUCCCGGAGGGAUGAACGUCAUCACACUUCCGGACGGACUCAAACUGGCCGCGGUGCCCUUGACCAAGCUGCCCAUCAUCAGGUCCGUGUCUCUGCUGAAUCUGCCUGCCAGUCUUCGUCCACACAAAGUGAAGGGUCUGCUCGGACCGAACGUCAGCUCCGCCAGCCCCUUCAUCUACUCGCCCAUCAGCAUCCACAACAGAGGAGAAGAGCGCUCCAAGAAGAUCGAUUUCCAGUGGGUGCAGGGGGAUGUGUGUGAGGUGCAGCUGAUGGUGUACAACCCCAUGCCUUUCGAACUGCGUGUGGAGAACAUGGGUCUGCUGACGUCCGGCGUGGACUUCGAGUCUCUGCCCGCUGCUCUCUCUCUCCCCGCCGAGUCCGGGCUCUACCCCGUCACUCUGGUGGGAGUCCCGCGCACCGCCGGCACCAUCACCGUCAGCGGUUACCACACGUCAGUGUUUGGUGUGAGCAGUGACUGCCUGCUGGAUACUUUGGUUGGUGUGAAGUCCAGCGGCUGUGUGGUGGAGGUGGUGCCGUCACUGCCUCGCCUCCAACUCACCACCUCCCUACCACGGUCUGUUUGUGUAGGUGCUGAGGAUCUGUCCAGCAGUGUGUGUCUGCAGCUGUUUAAUGGAGAAACUCAGCAGCUCACCAUCACACUUGAGAACAUCGGUUCUGAGACUUUAAACACACUGGAGCUGUCGUCUAGGACACUCACUACUAAAGAAAAGUUAUUUGGCGAGUUUGUGAGCUGGGACAUGGAGGACGCGCUGUCUCGUCUCCCCCUGAAGCCAGGCCAGGCUCUCACCAUCACCGUCAACAUCCAAGCCAGGCUGGACUUCUCUAGUCAGGAGAACCUGCUCCAGGACCUCAACGAUGAUGGUAUCAGUGUGACCGGACUGCCCAUCUCCAGCCCUCUGAGACAGGUCCUGAAGCCCCGCCCAGAAAACAAGCAAGCCAACUCCGACGCCAGCAAGAGCGAAUAUAACCACGUGAAGACUCUGGAGUGUGUGUUGUGUUUCCGGUACAGUGGCGGUCCGGGGCAUGUGGACGGUUACUACAGAGAGCUCAGUCUGGGCAUCAGAGUGGACGUGGAGCCCUCUGUGUUCUUCACCAGGGUCAACACGCUACCGGCUACCAGUACACGUCAGUGCCACUUGCUGCUGGAUGUGUUUAACCCUACUGAGCAUGAACUCACACUCACCGCCAGGAACCAGGAACUGGUGCUACACUCCAGCGAGUGUCAGAGGAUGGCCAUUCAGGUGGAUAAGUUCGACUUUGAGAGCCUGCCGAUGCCAUCCCAUGAUGCUGUGCAUCAGAGCAGUGUGUAUGAGCGGGAGGAGGAGAAGCAGCAGGUUCAGGGAGGACACAUCAACAACACGCUACAGCUGCGCUGGACCAUCCCGUCUCUGAAGAGGCAGGGCGAAGCAAGCGUGGAGGGUGUCCUCACCCAGCUCGUCCUGGAGCACCUACAGCUCACGCCGCUACAGUGGGAAAUGGAAAGGAUCAUAUGAGGUCUCAAGUCAGUGGGUCCUAAAUCUGUUUCCACCUAAAGAAUUCUGUUUUAGUGUACCUUGGCACACUAAAACAGGUUCUUAGUCAACUUGGUAAAAUCUGAGCUUCUCGUGAUCCCGGCCUGUCCCUCAAUCAACCACAACCUCGUCGUACAGCUCGGCUCAACCGCACUCAAGCCGACCAGGACGGCCAGGAACCUUGGGGUGACUUUUGAUGACAGCCUGACCCUUACAGACCACAUUUCAACAACUGCACGGUCCUGUAGGUUCAUCCUGUACAACAUCAAGAAAAUCAGACCCUACCUCACCGAACAGGCCACACAGAUACUAGUCCAGGUUCUUGUUAUCUCUAAACUGGACUACCUCAACUCACUAUUCUCGCGCCUCCCGGCCAGCUCCAUCAAACCCCUUCAGAUGAUUCAGAAUGCUGCAGCACGCCUCGUCUUCAACCAGCCCAAGAGAACCCAUGUCACACCCCUCUUCAUCUCCCUCCACUGGCUUCCUGUAGCCAUCAAAUUCAAGACCUUGAUGCUCACCUACAAGACCUUGUCUGGAACAGCAUCCUCUACCGCAACUCUCUCCUGAAGGCCUACGUUCCCUCACGCAAUCUGCGAUUGAUCAACGACCGGCGCUUAGUAGUUCCCACUCAGCGUGGCUCAAGAUCCCUUUCCAGAACCUUCACACUAACUGUUCUGGAAAGGUGCUGGAAUGAACUUCAACCUCAAUCCGGACCGCAGAAUCUCUCACCAUCUUCAAAACACAGCUAAAGACCCAGCUCUUCCGUGAGCACUCAACUAACCCCUAAAACACCAACCCCACAUUAUUUAAAAAAAAAAAAACCCAGAAAAUAAACUUUCUCUGGCUCUUACACCUCGACUCUGAGCACUUUCCUUCUCUAGAACUCAAUUAAUAGAUCUUGUACAGUAGCGCUACUCGUAUUGUUCUCCGCUUGAUAUAUCGCUUUGCUCGUAUUUCCUCAUUUGUAAGUCGCUUUGGAUAAAAGCGUCCGCUAAAUGAAUAAAUGUACAUGUAUUGUGCCAUCCAGGUCACUGCACCAAGUUAGUAAAACUUUACCAAACAAACUUUGUCUUGUCAGAUUUUCAAAUAUACAGUAUCAUCAUCUUCAUCAUCUUCAGUCACCAGCCUAAAAAAACCCUUUGGACUCGUCCAUUUCCAUCGCGUGCCAGCGACACUACGCAGCAGAACGUGUAAUUUGGUAAAUAAUAACAAGUCACGAAGUUGUUAAUGUUA